UUUGUAACUGUAUGUUUUUGACAUCCCAAGUUUUAAAAAGAGUUGGCAACGCCGACAUUGUGCAACGCGAAAACGGCGAGGAAUACGUAUUAAACAGCAUUUAUUAGCAAAAAUCUGCGGAAAUAAUGACGGUAAACAAGCGCGACGCGGGUGCCACGCGAUCGCGGUGCUUCUUCGACAUUUCCCUGGGCGGACUGGGCGUGGGCCGCAUUGUUUUCGAGCUCUUCAGCGAUGUGGCGCCCAAGACGGCCGAGAAUUUCCGCGCACUUUGCACGGGCGAAAAGGGAUUUGGCCUGGUCACCGGCAAGAAGCUGCAGUACAAGGGCGUGAUAUUCCACCGGGUGGUCAAGGACUUCAUGGUCCAGGCGGGCGACUUCUCCGCGGGGAACGGCACCGGCGGCGAGUCCAUCUACGGCGGGACAUUCGAGGAUGAGAGUUUCGAGAAGAAGCACGAUCGUCCCUUCCUGCUGUCGAUGGCCAACCGGGGCAAGAACACCAAUGGCUCGCAGUUCUUUAUUACAACACAGCCUGCGCCACAUUUGGACAAUAUCCAUGUUGUAUUCGGCCAAGUUAUAUCCGGUCAGGAGUUGGUGCGACAAUUGGAGGAUUUGCCCGUCGAUCGGAACUCUCGCCCGCUGCAGGAUGCGGCCAUUGCCAACUGUGGCGAACUAGUUAGACAGACAAAGGCCAAAAAGGAGAAGAAGCGAAAGAGGCGCUCCACGGCCACUGAGGACUCAAAGAGCGAGGAAAGUGAGGCUGAGGCCAAGGCCGAGCAGAAGGACAAGAAGAAAAAACGCAGCCGCAAAGAUUCAAAGUCCAGCGAAAGCGAAGACAAUGAAGCAAAACGGGGCAAUGGAAAGCAUGAGCAGAAUCCGCAGGAUGAUGACGAGGACCGCGAGGAAGGCGAGCUGCAUCCGUUGGUCACAAUCACAAAGAUAGAUCCUAACGAGAUACCAGAGGUAUCGAACAAAUUCCUAAUGCGCGCGGAGCGAUCCAAGUCGCGAGAUCGUGAGGACCGUGGAGUUCGCGGACAGGAUCGCGAUCGAAGCAGGGAUCAGGAUAGAGAGCGCAAUCGUAACCACUUCGGUUGGUCAAAGAAACAGGCACCGCCCACAUCGCGUAGCGGUCGCAUUGUCAAAGGUCGCGGAGUGUUUCGCUUUCGCACCCCGUCGCGUAGUCGUUCGCGAAGCACUACGCCACCUCACUGGAAACAUGCCCAAAAGCGGACCAUCAAGUUGUCCGACUUGGAGCGCAUUGAGGAGGAGACCAAGAUGCGCGAGGAGGAGGUGAAGCGUCGCGAGCAUGAGAGGAAGCGUCGCCACGAGGAGGCCACAAAGAAUCCCAAGCAGUCGUUUUUCGAGCUAUCCCAUGCCAGCACUUACGGUGGCAAAAUAACUCCGGAUAGGUUCUCUCCAGAGCACAAGCCCAAGUCAAAGGACGCCGCAGAGCGCGGUAAAGCCAAGGAGAGAGAAAAAGGCGGCGAAAAGGAUAAAGCGAAGGAUGUGACUCCUGUCAAGCGCCGCAAGUCGAUGGACAUGAACGCCCUGGACUACGAGCAGCAGACAGAAACCGAAGCCGAGUCCGAAGACGAGGAACAGUUGAAGGUGAAACCACCAACCAAGCAGGACAUCAAAGUGGAGUCAUCGGUCAGCAAGGAUCGCAACGCUAAACGCGAUGAGCGCAAGCCCGAUGAUAAAGCCAAGCCAAAGCGCAGUCGCUCCCGAAGCCCACGUCGCCAGUCCCCUUCACGUCGUCAGCAACGUUCGCCCGCCCGACGUCCUGGUCAAAACUUUAACCAGAACCAGAAUCAAAAUCAAAAUCAGUUGAAUCGGGGCAAUCGCCGUAAUCCGUUCGCGGACAGGGAUCGCCGCCGUCGCUCGCGCUCACAGGAUAAUGAGUACCGCAAUCGUUUCCCCCUGUCACCAAUCAGAGGAAGAGGCUCGCCCAGUGGCGACCGCCGGCGGCAGCAGCGUUCCCGCAGUCAAAACCGUAGGCAGGAUUCACCCAGCCAGAGGCGUCAGAUGUCGCCGGGCAGAAAGCGUCAGGAUUCGCCGGGUAGGAAGCGUCCCAGCUCAACGGAUAGAAAGCGACGAGACUCGCCUGAAAGAAAGCGAGAGGACUCAAACGACAGGAAGCGAGAGGCUUCUCCCAAGCGCAAGGACUCCGCCAACAGAAAAAUGGAGGAUUCCCAAGACAAAAAGAUACAGGACAGCAGCAAGCAGGAGGAUACUGCGGGAAAGAAACGGGGGGAUAGCCCGAGCAAAAAGCGAAAGGAUUCUGAUAAGAAGCGUCAGGACUCUCCUGUGAAAAGACAAGAAUCGCCGGGCAGAAAGCGUCAGGAGUCGCAAGACAAAAAGCGGCAAGAAUCGCCAGGCAGGAAAAAGGAUUCUCCUGGCAAAAAACUCGCGGAGUCUGCCGACAAAAAGCAACAAGACCCGCUUGCCAAAAGACACGAUUCACCAGGCAGAAGGCGUAAGGACUCGCCGGAAAGAAAACGCAGGGACUCGCCCGACAGAAGGCGCAAGGAUUCACCGGCCAGACGACGCCAGGAAUCCUCCGGCAGAAGGCGCCAGGACUCGGAUGGCAGAAGACGCCGCGAAUCGUCUGGCAAUAGACGCAGUCGCAGCCGCGGACGCCGGCACAGCUCGUCGCGCAGUCGCAGUCCCUCAACCAGUCGCUCCCGCCGGCGCCGCUCGCGCAGCCCGCUGCCCAAGCUCACCUCCGCGCUGCCCAUGAGCGAGGAACGCGAGAAGGCGGCCCGCGAGAAGAUGCAGAAGCGUGCGGAGGCCGCGCUGCUGAUGAAGGAGCACAUGCGCAAUGAGAUCGCCAAGGAGGAGGAACGGCGCCUGGAGAAGCAGCGCCAGGACGACAUGGAGAAGGAGCGCACCACCCGCGAGCUCAACGAACUGGAGCGCCUCAAGGCCGAGACGCUGAGGAAGCUGCAGGACGAGGAGCGUGUGGAUUCCGUGGGCCCCGAAGCGGCUGCACCCGCCGGAAGUGAGGCCAAAACCGAUGCCACCAGCACCAGCGCCCGGAGCAAACGCGAGUCCAGCACGGAGGAUCGGCAUCGCGACAAGAAGCGCAAGCAUAAGAAGCCCAAGACGCGAUCCAUUUCCGAAUAAUCAAACUAAUCCUAGACGUCGUAGUUGACACCCGAAAACUGCGCCAGACUUGGUCAUGUUCCAUCAAUUUCAGGCCUCCACUCGAAAUUGCAAUUGUAAAAAUCGCGACCCUCAAGUUUUUGUAGCUAAGUCCGUUUAAUAAAGGUAAACGUCACUGUACUGA